AUGAAGUGUAGGACGCAAUACGUUGGAAGCCAUGAACCGCCAGAACUGCGUAAAUCCAGCCACCCACAAGUUGCAAAGGAAGUUCAACACAGUACAGUUAGUAGAAACAAAAGGUUAGCUGUAACAUCCUUUCGGUGCCUAGCUGUCAUGCUACCCGAAGGAGGCACGAUGGCUAGGCUACUGUCAGGUUGCCCAAGCCUAUCCGGGGGAAGUCGAGGGACAGAGGUCGGGUUCGAACCACAGACCUCCCGGUUAGUAAAUUCGCGCUCUAACCACCUGAGCCACCUCACCCCCGGUCCAGUUUAG